GAUAACUAUAUAUUAUAGGGUGUACUAUCUUAUAUGGAGGAAAUGUAGGAGUUAUUUAUACGGGUCAAUUGAUACAUGGAUGAAAGAAUUAAAUGAGAUAUUAUCUCUUAAUUCCUUUUAGGAUAAAGGAACUAAAUAAAGAAGGCACCUUUUCUGCUCUUUCGCGGGAUUUUUCUCUUCUUUGGAGAUGGAAAAGGUGUAGCCAUUAGUCUCCAACUAUUUGUUUUUCUUACAAAGUUGAAACUUUUAUCAAGGUACUAUUAUUAUGGACUAUCUAAUACUGAUUAUAUCAUUUGCAUUUUUAUGGCUAUUCAUGGUCAUUCGCUAAGAAGACGAUACAAAAAUGCCGCUGAGGAAAUUCAAAAGAAUCAAUGUCCAGAACUUUUUAAUGUCGUGACUAUGGGAUUUUCUAUUGAUGAAGAGGACGAUGCUAUUGCUAGCCAUAGACCAAAUGCGGCUACUGGAGAACCUGAAAAUACUACUGGACCUACUGCAUUUACCGGAGCAUCUGACAAUGAAAAUGCUGGAGCAUUUGAAGCUGGAUCCCAACAAGCCAACACACAAGGUGAGUAUACUAGAUCAUCUAAUGUCGACGAAAAGGAGAAAUGCAAGAAAAGAAAAAGAAUAGCGGAGAAUGAUAAUGAGACAUUUCGUAAAGGUAUGAUGGAGGUUAUAUGAAGUUUUACUGAAAGUCAUGAAAAACGAAUGAGUGCCUUAAUUGAAAAGAUUGGGGAUCGUGACCAAUCCAAUCUUCGUGGUCAAAUUUAUUCCAUCAUUGAAUCUCCCAUAUUUGAGUUGUACUCAACAGAGCAACGCAUCAAAGAAACAAUGGUCCUUUGUGAUGAUGUCAAAAAGAUGGAAUUGUUCAUUCGUAUGGAUGAACUUGAACGUCAGACUAUGAUGUUUAUGAUUAUCAAUGAUAAACUUUAGAGCAUGAUAGACGUGUGUAUAAGUGAUGGCUCUAUUUUGAUAGUUUUUGCUAAACUCAUGAAAACCUUGGAAGGUUUAAUUGUAGUGUCCAUUUUGAUACCUCGGAUUACGUCCUAUCUUGACUAUGAAUAGGAUUGGUGUAUGGGCACGAGGAUUACAAUUUUUGUAUAACUAGUAUCUAUGGAAAAACUUGAAUGUGGUUGCACUUGUGAUAAACUCAAAUGAUGUAUGUAAAUGUAAUUAUGAAGUUUGCAUAAUAUUGUAUCUUUUGUCAA